CAUCAGCAAACCCUCCUCGCCACCCUCGCGGCGAGUCUCGCUGCUCUUCCUUUUGCUCAGGCGGGCUUCUAUUCGAAGAGCUCUCCCGUGCUGCAAGUAGACGCCAAGUCGUACGACCGCCUCAUCACAAAGUCGAAUCAUACCUCUAUUGUCGAAUUCUACGCCCCCUGGUGCGGCCACUGCCAAAACCUCAAGCCCGCCUACGAAAAGGCCGCCCGCACCCUCGACGGCCUGGCCAAGGUCGCCGCCGUCGACUGCGACGACGACGCCAACAAGGCCCUCUGCGGCUCCCUCGGCGUCAAGGGCUUCCCCACCCUCAAGAUCGUCCGCCCCGGCAAGAAGCCCGGCCGCCCCGUCGUCGAGGACUACCAGGGCCAGCGCACCGCGGGCGCCAUUGCCGACGCCGUCGUCGCCAAGAUCAACAACCACGUCGUCAAGCUGACGGACAAGGACAUUGAUGCCUUUCUGGAAAAGGACGGCGACAAGCCAAAGGCCAUCUUGUUCACGGAAAAGGGAACUACGAGUGCGCUGCUGAGGAGCCUUGCUAUUGAUUUUCUCGACGCCGUGACCAUUGGCCAGGUCCGCAACAAGGAAAAGGCUGCCGUCGACAGGUUCGGCAUCUCUUCGUUCCCUUCCUUCGUCCUCAUCCCCGGAGGCGGCAAGGAGCCCGUCGUCUACAGCGGCGAGCUCAACAAGAAGGACAUGGUCGAGUUCCUCAAGCAGGUCGCCGAGCCCAACCCCGACCCGGCCCCCUCAAACGGCAAGUCCGGCAAGAAGGCCUCCACCAAGGACAAGGCCAGCAGCAAGGAGGCCCCCCAAAAGGCCGCCGCCGCCGACGAGUCUUCGUCCGCCGCAUCCUCCGAGACCUCAACGGCCGCCGCGCCGGAGUCGACCCUCAUCGACAUCCCCGCCCUGACUUCCAAGGCAGAGCUCGAGGAGCACUGUCUCCAACCAAAGUCCCAAACCUGCGUCCUCGCCUUUGUGCCCGCGUCCGCCUCGGAGAUGCGCAACAAGAUCCUUUCUGCCGUCUCCCAGCUGCACACCAAGUACGUCCACGGAAAGCGCCACUUCCCCUUCUUCUCUGUCGACAGCGACGUCGAAGGCUCUGCCGCCCUCAAGGAAGCCCUCGGCCUCUCGGGCAAGAUUGAGCUCGUUGCCCUCAACGCCCGCCGGGGGUGGUGGAGGCGAUACGAGGACGGUGAGUUCAGCGUUCACAGCGUCGAGUCCUGGAUUGACGCCGUUCGCAUGGGCGAGGGCGAGAAGAAGAAGCUUCCCGAGGGAGUCGUCGUCGAGAAGGCGGAG